UUCGGCUGUAGACUUUUUGGCGCGCGGGAUCCGCGAGUGUGGGUGGCGGAGGCGCAGUUCACAACAGCUCGUCACCAUCACCGUGGCAUCACAAAUGUCCCCGUCCGUGACAACCCAAAUAUGACGGCCGUCCGCUUCUGAGAUGAGCUCCAUCACAGGGCGACGGCAUCCGGUGGCGGAGAUAAUGCAGCCAUGUCCGAACCGGGACAGUUAUAUUCUACGUAAGGUUGACGUAUAUCAUGGUAAAUGAUGUCAUUUCCUGUUUUGUCUUACCACUGACGCUCAACAGACACGCACACAGUGAGCCAUGGCGAAAGUUCUGCCACCACCGUUGCUGCUACUGGUGCUGGUAAUAUUAAGUUCUGGAAGCCCCUCCAGACGACUAGUGCAAGCGAAGGACUGUACUGCUGGCAGUACAACCGUGCAUAGAGGAAGAGAAACAGUAAACGAUAGACCUGUUAAGAACGGGGAAGCGAAACAUGAGAUGUUUGUGAAGGCUAUGAGGGGCUUUAAGGGUGUCAGUCUUGAAGUGCAUGAAGGGAAUGGCCUUAAGGCUGCCUGGUUCCCUAAAGAGGAUUGUUUUUCACAUGAUGGCAAGUGGCAACAAAUACUGACAAAGACGGAAAUAAAAGACAGUAAGACUACUAUGACACUGAGGAUUGCUGAAUGUUGGAUAACGUGCACGAUAAACAGCUCUCUAUCUAACCCUGACAGCUUCAGUGUAGUGGCUUAUGGUCCUUCAUCGUGGCUAAAAGAAACCCCAGAAGGUGAUUGCGAGGUCAAGGCUUAUAGUCGCACUGAUGAAAAGAAAUACACCUGCCAAGAACCUCGAACCUCAAUCAUUGAGAACCUCCCCGAUCCCGAGUCACUGACGAGCAUACCGGUGUGGGCAAUAAUAGUGGCGGUGGUGUUAGCUGUGAUAGUAGUGGGCGCGAUAGUGGUCUAUUGGAAGUGGAAGUCUGAGACAUCACGCAACGCAGCAAAUCCAGGUGAAUUAACUGAGCCAAACAACGCGCCACACGUCAUAAAUGAUGUCACGUAUGAGUCGUUUGGAAAUGACACCAUCGAGGAUCACUCGCCGUGCGAAGCCUUCGACAACACCACCAAAGAUGGCCCCUCGCUAGUACAGGGAGAAGCACCGUACACUAUUGAAAAUAACCAGCACGAAUCUUUCAGCAGUUACGAGCACAGAUACAACCAGUAGGCGGUCCCAAAGAUUACAUCCACCAAUUUACUAUUUAUUUAUUUAUUUUUUUUUAAAUAUUACAGACACGUUGGAUAGCAGAAGAUUAAAGAUAAACAAGAAAAUCUUGAUGAUGCAUAAAUUUCUUUUCUCAUGGUAAACCUGGAGUUAUAAUAGUGUUUCCUUGUCUAUUCAUAGGAUAAACUUUAGUAAUGGAAAUUACAAGGAAAAUUUUGUUAUGCCACCCUCGUUUUGGGGGAUGUAGAUCAUUUGUGCCCUGUGUGGUAUAUGUUUUGUGUAUUUUGGAAUGUUGCCAUGCUGCGUUCGUACGUGUGUGUAUGUUCAUUGUCACAGAUUUUUGGCUGUUACCCAUUAGGGUGAUGUUCCAUUAUCUAACAGUUGUUUGGCGUUUCUUUAAUCAAUUUCCCCCCCCCCCUCUCUCUCUCUCUCUCUCUCUCUCUCUCUCUCUCUCUCUCUCUCUCUCUCUCUCUCUCUCUCUCUCUCUCUCUCUCUCUCUCAUUCUGCUGCCCACCAAAAACAUUCAUAUUUCCUUCCACCACAUAUUUUUCUUCUGUAUAACAAUUCAUUUGUAUUUCUUUGGACGUUAUUGUACGUGAAAAUCACCAUAUCCUGAAGUUAUAUUUUAGCUUUAGUUAGAUCACAUCUGGACUACGCACUGCAGUUUUGGACACCGUAUUAUAGGAAAAACAAAUUCCUUAUAAACAGUGCAGUGGAUGAUAACUAUUAUGAUGAUUACUGAUGGGCUGAGAUGAUUACCGUAUAAGUUAAAACGACCUAACCUGCAUUCACUGGAGAGAAGAAGGGUGCGUGGGGUCAUGGUGGAAAUAUAAGUAAAAUAAAUUCAUUCAGGUGAUGUUAGUGACGUUCUCAUAGUAAACAAUCAGCACAAAACUCGAGGUAACGGAUAUAAGCUAGAUAAGUUUAGGUUUAGGAAAGAGAUUGGUGGGAACUGGUUCACAAACAGUGGUGGAUGAGUGGAACAGGUUUAGCAGUCAUGUGAUCAGCGGCAGCACGCUAGGUAGUUUCAAGAGAUGGUUGUAUGAUUAUAUGGAUGGGAAAAACAGACUAUAAUUGGGAUGUUGGUAAGGGGAGGUGGCGUUCAUGAUUAGUACAGGAGAUGCCUAGUGUAGGCCAGCCGGCCUUUUGCAGCCUCAUUUGUUAUAUGUCAUUGAUUAAGAUAUUUCAUCCUUGUUUUGCAUUUCUUAGGAUUAUGUUUACGUAGAUUAUUAUGAUUUUCUUCGUUGAUUUUUUGACCUAAAAUAACAGAUUUUGAAUCUCUAAGACACCCUCACGGUAUAUCAACUGUUAGCAUCUAGUAUAUGAAUUGAAAAACGCCUUUACAAUUCAUUUGCCUAUUCCAACGACGUUACUUAAUUUAGUGCUAGUGUCAAGUCUGCAAUGCUUAGUAUGUGUUGGCUGUAAUACGAUUAUACGUACAUCGUAUUGUAGUUAAACUUAUGUUGAAAAGGGUGUUCUUUUUUGUACGUUGUUUCUUGAGAAAUGUGUAUAUUGUUGUUAUGCUUGUAUCAGGAUGGUUGAAAAGGUUUACGUGAGUUGCAGCUUGUAAGGAGAGGAUCAUUUUCUAUCAACCCCAGAGUUCCAAUAUUAUGUGUGUGCUAUGAAUUACUGUGUCCUUGUGGUAACCUUACGAAGUCAAAGAAGAUAUAAGAAACAAGAGAAGACGACGGAUGAAUUAGGGAAAUAGGAAAACGUGACAAGAAGGCUUAGAGAAAAGUAGAAGAAAAAAAAAAAAGCUAUCAACGCCACUGUUUUGUUUAGGGCAGUGGUUCCCAAACUUUUCUGGUCGUUACCCACUUUUCAUACGUGAUCCUUGUCCAUGGCCCUCCCCCAACAACCAUAACCCGUGACUACCGUGACUGUCUACAGUCCUACACUCAUUAGGUCCAUAUAAAAACCACUCUAGCAAAUCCUGUAAUUUUAUUGAUUCCAUUUGUUAUUUUUUCUCAUGUUAAUUAUUAAUAAAGAAAUUUGUAUUUUGCCUUUGCUGAAUCUCAUAUAAUUAUUGAAAUGGUACUAAAGAAGUAAUAUAAUGCACAUUAAAAAAAAAUCAUACGUAGAGUAAUUAAAAAUUGCAUUAUUGUGAAAAGCUGUUUCAGCAAUGAAAAAAAAAAAAAAAAAAAAUUCCACUGGACUGAAAAAGUGUAUUAAUCCCACGCAAUGUGAUCUGAUCUUUGAAUCUUACAAAUCUGAUAACUUUGUAAUUCUGAAAUGAAAUGCUUUCAUAGGGAGUCAUAAUUUACUGCCACAACCAUGGCCUUCAGUGGCCACACACCCACCUCCUCCCAGACCGUUUGCUUCUGAACGUUCAUGCCAGGUUCAUGUUUCCUUCACUUUUGAAUCCCCAUUCCACUCAGUGUGAAGGGUGUUUGACGUGAAAUGUUGAGAAGUCCCGGCCCAUGUAGAGAUGUAGAGGUCGGCUGACUAAGAUAUGCACAGGGAAAAAAGGCAAGCACAGCACGAGGAGGAGCAGAAAAGAGAGGUAAACAGAGCGGUGUACUGUGGGAACUUAAUGUUGUCUUAACACUCUCCAACUUCUUACUGUGCCAUAUACCCAAACUCCGCCUUGAUACUCCGAUGGGCAGUGACAUUAUAUUGCCACGCCUGUAGGCGGGUCAUGUGUAUGAAGUGUUUUACUGCAUAUGAAUUGUGAGAUUUAUUGGACUUUCAACCUUACCAUAGAGAGCUUCUGAGAAAAAAAAGAAAAAAUAUAUAUAACAAAAUAGAAUAUAUCAUGUCAUUUAACUGGGGUAGAAGUCAGACAGAGACAGCAGACGGCAGGCAGAGAGAUCAGAGAGCAGAAGCAGAGACUAGAGGUUACAGACCUGAGAGGUGCCUGAGGAGACAUGGACAAGCUCGUCCUGGUACUCGUAAGUAGAACUUAAAAGUUGUGUGAUGCAGUCUUAGUAAUUGUUGUCUCAUGAAGGUAAAAAAGGAGGAAGUAAUUUGUAGGCUGUUUUAUUAUUGGAAUGUUUUAGAUUUAGGAUUUUGUGUUUGAUUUUGUGUGUUUUUGUGUAAUUUCUUGACUUGAAUCUUAAGUAUUGAAUUGCUCUGACAAGAAACUCGGGUACUACUGUGAACCAAGUUGAUGGAAGGUUCUCAGCGUGUUGCAGAAAGUGAAAACCCGGAAAUGAUUAUUGUAUCUAAUUUUUACUGAAGUAAAUGUAGAAAUUUUAA